GUAAUGUUAUAUUGCAACUUUGGUACAAACAGAACACUAAGAACUGUAGGUGAGCCAAACUAUCAAGACCAUGGCAGUGCUUCUUGGUUUCUGCGCUGCUUGUAUGCUGCUUUCCACUGCCUCCUGCCUUACCUGCUACAGCUGCACCCCGGACAACAAAGGAGUAUGUAAUUCAACACAACAAGUCUGCCAACAGCUGGACACAGUGUGCGCUUCUGCUAGUCUUACAACUACCGACGCUUCAUCCAUACAGGUGAACAGUUUCCAGCUGAAGACGUGUACAACACAAAGCAGCUGUUCAAGUCCAGUUUCCAUAAACUAUGGAAAAACUCGGGUGAUUCUUAACUCACAAUGCUGUGCCUCUAACCUCUGCAAUGCAAACAUCGUUCCAGCACCUUCAGUAUACCAGAGCAGCAUUCCCAAUUCACUGCUCUGCUGCGCUGAUGUCAACUGCCAAAGCAUCGUCCAGUGCGUCGACAAUGAGAACCAGUGCUUCACUAACAUUCAAGCUGCUGCAGGUGGACAAACCUCAAUCAACGUGGGCUGUGCUACCCAAGAUAUAUGCAGCAUGGAGUCAGCUCUGGUUCAAAGAAUGGUAGCAGGGCAGACAACCUGUUGUACUGGAAACUUCUGCAACAACAGACGAGUUACACCUUUGACAUGUUACCAGUGUGUACCAGACCUGACUGGCAAGUGCAACAUGACUACAAAUAAGUGCAGCACUUCAGACACAAACUGUGCUUCGGCCACAGUGAUCACUUCAGGAUUAAUUGCAGGAGUACAAGAAAAGGGACUGAAGACAUGUACGAUACCAGUCGGCUGUGAUGGUCCAAUAUCCAUCAACACUGGAAUUGUACGAAAGACGGUGACUUCACAAUGCUGUAACACGGACCUCUGCAACAGUGGUGCUCCAUCUGGAUAUCAGGAUAGCUCUCCAAAUGGACUUCUUUGCUGUAGGGAUGAAGCCUGCAUCGCCUUUGUGAAUUGCCUUGGAGCAGAAAACCGCUGUGUGAUAGCUAAAGACACUGUAACAGGUGUCAUCACUAGGGGCUGUGCAACUAGCAACGUAUGUGGAAUCCAGUCACCUCUAGUGGCAAGUGUGGUGACAGGAGAUAUAAAGUGCUGCACUGGGAACUUCUGUAACAAUGACAAAGUGUUUAGCCUCAAGUGUUAUCAGUGUCAAACGGAUGCCAAUGGGACCUGUAUAGAGAUGCAACAGACGUGCAGUGCCCCUAACAUGACGUGUGGCUCCCUAACACAGCAAAUCACUAUGAGUGGGUUAAAUAGGACUACAAAAUGGAGAACAUGUCUAGCAGAUGCAAACUGUGGUGUUCCUGUCUCCUUCAAUAAUGGAACAAGUCGAAUAACGCUUGCUUCAAAAUGCUGCAGUACUGACUUGUGCAACACGAAUUAUGUUCCAGCGUACACAGACAGUAAUCAAAAUGGACUACAGUGUUGCAGCAGUGAUUCAUGCAGUACAACGGUGAUGUGCCUUGGCAAGGAGACUGUCUGUGCAACAGUCCAAGAUCAGAAAGACGGUGUUCUUAUUGUUCAAAAAGGAUGUGCAACCAGCAAUAUCUGCACAUCCAACUUUGGACAAUCCCAGUAUCUGCUACCAGGACAGAUUUCCUGCUGCACUGGACUCCUCUGCAACAAACAAAGAGUGGCCCCUCUGCAAUGCUAUCAGUGUUUUCAGGGCAAUGGCAAUUCCUGUGAGGAAAAAGUGGAGCAGUGUACAUCAUCGGCAAUGUUCUGCGCAAGUGCUACAGUUGAACACCAUCUGUCAAAUACAUUUACUUUUAGAGAAGAUCGAAAAGCAUGUGUAGAGCCAAACAUUUGCAAUCAGCAAAUCUCCUUCAACAAUGGAACACAUCGCUGGGAUACCAAAGUGAAUUGCUGCACCAAAGACUUCUGUAACAGUGAAACUGCUCAAGUUGCCAGUGACAACUCCCAGAAUGGACUGGGAUGUUGCCAGAAUAAAGCCUGCACAAACAUUGUCACAUGUAUGGGAAAUGAAGAUAGCUGUGCGGUGAUGGAAGAUCCAACUACAGGUGACAUUUUCAGAGGUUGUUCAAGCCGGAGCCUUUGCAACAUCAACUCAUCUUUAUUGCUUGGCGAGUUGGCAAAAACAACUUCCUGCUGCAGUGACAACUUUUGUAACAGUGCCAACCAAGCUGGAUUUCACAGUUUACUAUUUUUAUUAACUUUUAUCACUUUUCUGUUCACAUACUGAUAAACUGUGAUUGUUCGGUUAUGAAGGUGCUAUUUAUGAUUUAACUAGUAAUAUUUAUUAUACACAAUACUAAAAUAAGCCAUGUUCUCAGGUCUUGGAAUUUUUCAAAUCUGUUAACUCGUUCCCUGCACUUUCUACUUGAUCAGAUUUGUUUGUAGGGAUGUGCCUCUAACUCCAGUGGGAAAGCUUCUUUAAAAAUAAAUUUGUUACCUGUUAUGGAGAAUCAAUGCAUCUCUUCUAAGCGCACCUCUUGAUUAUUUCAAAGAUAUAGGAUCUAAAUUUAAAAACAGUACAAGUGAUUUUGAUAAGUAAAUGAAUGGCUAAUAAAAAGACAAGACACUGAACAGCAUAUGUAACAAACUGUAGUUCACUGAAUGCUUCUAAUAGCUCAUCAUAAAACGCUGCAGAAAACUUUAUAA